AGUGCGGCAGAGAGGGCGGUGCGGCCGCGGUGCCUCAGAGUCGCGGCCUGGUCCAGCUCCCGGCCCCGGUGCCGCCGCCGCCGCCGCCAUGAACAUCCUUCCGAAGAAAUCGUGGCAUGUGCGGAACAAGGACAAUGUGGCGCGCGUGCGGCGGGACGAGGCGGCGGCCGAGGUGGAACGGAGGAAACGGGACGCGCGCGCGCUGCGGGCGGAGCAGGAGGUGCGCACCGAGCUCCUGCGGAAGCGGGCGCGGGUCGGGGGUCGCAGCCCCUCCCCCCCGGCCCCCCCCGUGCUGUUCCCGCCCCCCGAGGAGGCCCCGAACCGCGAGCACGAGGCUGAAAAAAGGCGGGAACAGGAACGCCGGGAACGGGCCCUGGGGGUCCUGACCUACCUGGGCCAGAGCGCGGCCGAGGCGCAGACCUGCCCCCCCUGGUACCUGCAGCCCCCGCGAAAAGCUGGGGAGGGGUCCCGGGAGGUGCAGGGGGCGCGCAAGGCCGUGCUGGACCCGCUGCAGGACAUGAGGAAGGGGCUGCACCGAGCCCCCAGCCCCACCAAACCCCCCCAGCCUCGGCAACAGAGCCCCCCCCGAGCCCCCCCGGAGAGGGGCGGGGCAGGAGGGCUGGCGGAGCUGCGGCGGCAGCGCCGGGCGCGGGAGGCGGCGGAGGCGGCGCGGAGCCGGGAGCUGCUCCGGGGGCUGCGGGAGCCGCGCGGGGACCCCCGGGAGCCCCGAGACCCCCGGGACCCCGAGCGGCAGCGGCCCUACAACAGCCAGUUCCACCCGCGGCUGGCACGGGGGGCCACAAAGUUCAACUGAGAGCCCGAAAUCCACCUGGGACACCCCCAGAAUUCACUUGGAACAUCCCCAGAUUCACCUGGAAUUACUGAUGGACAGUUCCACUCGCGGCUGGCACGGGGGGGCACGGGCUUCAACUGAGAGCCCGAAAUCCACCUGGAACCCCCCCAGGAUUCACUUGGAACAUCCCCAGAAUCGGCAAUGGACAGUUCCACCCGCGGCUGGCACGGGGGGGGGCACAAAGUUCAACUGAGAGCCCGAAAUCCACCUGGGACACCCCCAGAAUUCACUUGGAACAUUCCCAGAUUCACUUGGAGCAUCCCCAGAAUCGGCAAUGGACAGUUCCACCCGCGGCUGGCACGGGGGGGAACACAAAGUUCAACUGAGAGCCCCGAAAUCCACCUGGAAUUCCCCCAGAAUUCACUUGGAACAUCCCCAGAUUCACCUGGAAUUACUGAUGGACAGUUCCACCCGCGGCUGGCACGGGGGGGGGACAAAGUUCAACUGAGAGCCCGAAAUCCACCUGGAACCCCCCCAGAAUUCACUUAGAACAUCCCCAGAUUCACCUGGAAUUAUUGAUGGACAGUUCCACCCGCGGCUGGCACGGGGGGGCACAAAGUUCAACUGAGAGCCCGAAAUCCACCUGGAACCCCCCAGGAUUCACUUGGAACAUACCCCAAAAUUC